AGUGUGUGUGGUCAUUGUGAAAUUGUAGACUCAUUUUAGCAGAUUGUGCUCUCAAUUACCAAAUAGAGUAGUGCGCUAAUUUUACUAAAUUGUACUCUCACAGUUUGGUAAAAUGUGUAUGAACAUGCAUGAUUUAGUAAAAUGAGAUCACAAUUUAUUAAAUUGAGCGCACAUUCUCUUCAUGUACAAAAUUAUCUUCCAUUGACACCUCUCGGGUUCCUUAGAAAAGAGUAAUUUUGUUACAGUAACAUAUAUAUGGUCAUUUUUACUGAUACACUAACACAGAAUAUAGAAAAUAACUGUGUUUAGAAAUAUACUUUAGAUUUUUUUUUUUUACAUUCACUGUAUUUCUUUCUUUUUUUACUUUGAUUGGGAAACAUUUGUCACGAGGGGCUGUUUUAAACAAACUGAACUAAGUACAGCAAAUCUGUAAAUUGAAAUAGCACCGUAUUCUUUGAUGAAAGUGAGAACAGGUUUGUCAUAUCAUCAAGAGAGAAGAGAUGUUAAUUUACUGUGCUUUAGUCCAACUCAGAGAACUGAAGCCAGUCAAACAGGUACACAACAUUUGCCCAAAUGAAUGAAGGGAAGCCCAAAGCCCACAAUAAAGCAGAUGUCUCUAAAGUCUUCGGUGGUGGAUCUGAGUCUGUGACUACGCCCCCUGGUGGUGGAUCCAGGACUGCAGGCGCGCCGGUCCUGCUGAGCGGCCUGGAGGAUCAGACAGUGAUGGACGGCAGCCUCGCAACGAUGACCGUGGAGGUUACAGGUGAUCCUAAGCCCACCGCCUUCUGGUUGCAUGAUGGGAUUGAGAUCAUGGAGUCGGAGGACUUUCAUUUCAAACGAAAUGGGAAUGAAUGCCAACUCUGCAUUCGGGAUGUCUUCCCAGAAGAUUCUGGGAAAUACAUCUUUGUGGCUUGGAACCAUAAAGGUGUUGUGAGAACCGAAGCAAACCUCAAAGUGCAAGAGCCCGCGGGUGGCACGCGGCCAUGGUUCAUCAUCCGGCCGAAGCCGGUGGUGACGGUGAUGCCGGGCCGGCACGUCCUCAUCUCGUGCGCCAUCGCCGGGGACCCGUUCCCAGAGUUCCGCUGGGCGAAAGACGGAGUGGGCUUGGCGUCCGGAGGAGAGCUGAGGCUGGUCCAGAAGGGGAACGUCGUCUCACUGCUCAUCCGGAGAGUCGCACCACACCAUGCAGGACAGUAUCACAUCAGGCUCAGGUAUCCCAUCAGACAGGUGUGGCUAUCCCACACCAAUCCCCACAGGCUCAGGUAUACCAUCAGACAGGUGUGGCUAUCCCACACCAAUCUCCACAGGCUCAGGUAUCCCAUCAGACAGGUGUGGCUAUACCACACCAAUCCCCAUACUGUAGGUACUCCCAUCAAACUGAAUGUGAUGUCUAACCCUCCCAUAGAAGCACUAUGCAUGCCUCAGUCUUAAGCACACAUAGCCUUACCUGAAUAUAAAGUGCCCCUUAUUUACAGUGUGAUGUAGAGGAGGUAGGGGAGUGCUUACAAACCUUUUACACUUAUCUUACUUCACAAAGAGUGGAAGUAUUUUUGUGUGCGCGCGUGUGUGUGUGUGUGUGUGUGUGUGAGAGAGAGAGAGAGAGAAAGAGAGUGAGAGAGACAGAGAGAGUGUGUGUAUGUGUGUGUGAGUUUGAGUGUUUAUGUUACCUUUGCGACAUCCAUGAAUAAUGAGAUAUACCCAGUCUUUUUAUGUUAGCAUUGGAGUGAGCAUAUUUUGUUCCAAUUUGCCUUAUCAUAUUUGGUUGAUUAAAAGCCCUAACUCUGACAGCAUAAGACUUGGCUGGGGUAUGCUAUGCUUAAUUUCCAUUCUAAUCCAUGUUUAUUGUUAUUGUUGGAAC